GAGACAUGGCAGAUCUCAAGGCACUCCAUGAAGCCACCUUCCCCAUCGCGUACGAGUCUGAGUUCUAUUCCAACGUGGUGCAUCACAGGGGCAUCAUCUCAUGGGGUGCAGUGGACCCGUGCAAGCCGGACCGGCUUGUUGGCUUCAUCACUGCGCGCUUGGUCCCACCUGCAGAGGCGCAGGGGGCGGACGUGCUGCCUCUGGUUCUUCCAUCGCCCCGCCACACCCCAUCGCCCUCUCUCCUCUACAUCCUCACGCUCGGCGUUGCAAAGCCCUACCGCAAGGCUGGCGUGGCAUCCCAUCUGGUGCAUCUGCUGCUAUCCCAUGCCGCCUCCCUCCCCCACUGUGCGGCCGUCUACCUGCACGUGGUUGCAUACAACGCACCAGCCAUCCGCUUCUACCGCUCGCUGUGCUUCUGCUACCGCCGCCGCCUCUCCCGCUUCUAUUAUCUCGAGGGGGGCGAGUACGACGCUCUGCUCUUUGCACGUUACGUCAACGGCUGGUUACCACCCGACUCCAGGUCCAAUUUGCAAGGGCCGACUCUCCAGCUACUGCAGCCCGCACUCACAUCAGCUUCUACUGCAGUGUCUGCUGCCAUGUCCCUAGUGUGCGUUCGCCCACCCGCGUCUCUUCUCCGGGCUUUUAUGCAUUCUGCAUGGAUUUCCAUCCCCGCCGUGCUGGCUCUGCUGCUUGUGGCGAUGCUCGCCCAGCUGCCCACAGCCACGCGCGCCAUGCCCGUGAGUGACUUAAUAUCCGCCCUGAAGUCAAAGGACGUUCAGGCCGACCUCAUGCAGCGUCUGUUCGCGCUGGACGGCACCAAAGACAUCUCGGGAGUGACCAUUCUCGUCCCGCGGUCUGACGAAAUUCCCGAGGCGGCGACCUACGCGAGGCAUGACAACGCCACGCGCAAGUACAACCAGGCCAUCGCAGACGCGCUCACGAUCUUGAACGAAGCCGACAGCUCAGCAGAGCGCUGGACUGCUGUUUCACAAAACUUCUCCUCUGCUGCCAAGGGAGCGUUGUCGGAAAUCUGGAAGUUUCAGAUUGUGAAGCAAUACAUCCCACCGUCCAUUGCGACGCAAAAGUACUCAUCCGGUGGCCCAUGGGAGCUUCCCACAAUGGAGGGACAGACUCUCUGGAUGGCGUUCUCUCCCUACGGCGCAGGGGCAUGGAACAUAUCAGGCUCGUCUCCCCAGCAGCACGCCAGCUCCUCGCUGCCUAAAAUCAACGGCUACGUGCAAACCGAUGGAACUCCGUUUGCAUACACGGUGGAGGAUUCUGGAGACAUGGUUUAUGAUUUUCCGGACAGCCAGGUCGUGGUGUAUAAGAGCCACGCGCUGCUUUUCCCUUAUAACAUGGAGGCUCUUAGCGCGUAUGCAGGAGCCAAUGCGUCUAUCUUCCGCCUGCUUGCCUCAAUUGGCCUCGCGCUGACUGCUCUCCUCCUGCUGUAA